AUGAGGCGGAAUAGGGUGCCAGGCUCUCCGCCUUCGCCCUAUAGGGCCCUGGCCCACCACCCGGCUAAUGGCCAACCUGCCGAUUCUGUCUCCUUGAUUAGGUCCUUCAAUAGUGAGACCAACCCGACCCGGCCUAUACGCCCCUCCCCACUUACGGCUUCGACCAUCCCUGAUAUGCCGCUCGACCUUCUCGACCGCAUGAGAUCCUUUCCACUCUUCAUGUCAGCUCCCGAGGAGUUUCUAGUAGCCAUCGGCAAACAUCUAAGGCCCCAGAUCCAUUCCGCGCACGACCAUAUCUUAACGGAGGGCGACGAGGCAAAAGCGAUGUACUGGCUAGUUCGGGGAGUCGUUGGGGUAACCUCACGGGAUGGCGAGGCCGUAUACGCCGAGCUCAAACCGGGCUCUUUCUUUGGUGAGAUAGGUGUGCUUAUGAAUAUGCCUCGAACGGCGACUAUUGUCGCGCGCACGAAAUGUUUACUUCUUGUACUCAAGAAGGAAGAUCUCACCCUGGAGCUACCUGGAUUUCCCGAUAUGGAAAUGGCUAUUAGACAAGAGGCACAUGAACGUCUAACCAUUCUUAAUAAGAAACGCCAGGAACGGGGACAUAGCCUCAAAGUUGCAAAUGGAUCUGCGGCUCGGGAGGCUGCUCCCGGCGAGGUAUCAACUGGAGAUAUUGGUAUCAUUAAGGAAGGGGCCGUAGUAAACCACAAGAAGAGAAAAUCCCCUAGUCCGGGAGGGAUGGAGGACCCAACAGCAGGAAGUGCAUUGGGAAGUGGCCUCGUAAACGUGCGGCAGACGCUUAAGGAGCUACCCCUAUUUUCGACGCUACCUCCUGAUAUUCUUCAUUUCCUGGGGAUGAGUGCGCAACCUAAGACCUAUCCACCUUUCACCGAUAUAAUCCGUCAAGGGACUUCCGGUAACGAGAUUUUCUUCAUUGUGCGGGGCGAGGCGGAGGUGAUCCACGAUGCGGCCGAGGGGCAGAAAAAAAGGAUAACACGCUCGUCCGUAAUAAGGCCACGCCUCAGACAAGGUCAAUAUUUCGGAGAGGUUGCUAGCCUGGGUCUUUCUGUCCGACGAACUGCGACAGUUAGGUCUAUAACGGCUGUCGAAUGCCUCAUGAUUAGUGGAGAAGCUCUGAGUGAACUAUGGAAACGAUGCCCUCCGGAAAUAAAGAAGCAGGUUGAAGACACGGCAAGGACGCGGAUUAGACCGAAAGAAGAUAUCGAGAUGGUAGACGCGGAUCCGAUACAUAAGAAGGGUUCGAUACCACUAGCCCCUCUACGGCCUCCGCAGGUUACGUUUACAACACCCUCUAUACCCGCUUCCCCGGUAAAGGAUGAAUUAGAUCAGAUGGAACCAAAAGAUCCCGACCCUUUUCUAAGCGUCGAUAUGGAAAAUCUAAGAAACCGACGGCGAGGAUCUCUCGCACCACCUAUACCACCGCCAAACGAACCUCAUAGCACUCCAACAACCAACGGCUUACGUCUACACAAGCUCAACACUAAGUUUAAUACUUCUACAACUAUCCAAUCCCCCUUAUCAUACUUCUCCCCCGACAUAGAAGUACCAGCAAAGAAAGCCAAGAUAUUUCCCAGCCGGCCGCAACCUAUCCAAGACGCUCUACUUCCCGACGAUAUCCUGGUGACGAUAUUCCGAUUCCUCGACUUAGCCGAGCUCAUUCGGCUAAGACAACUCUCAUCCCACGUGCGCAGACUCCUAGCUACCUCGCCGAAACUAUGUACUCACGUAGACCUUACUUCCUAUAACCGCUUUAUAACAGAUGACGUCCUCAUCAACAUAAUCGCGCCGUUUCUCGGACCGCGACCGAUUUCGAUAGAUCUUAGCAACUGCUUCCACAUCACGGAUGAGGGAUUCUCUACGUUAUGGAAGGUCUGCGGGAAGCAUAUCAAAGUCUGGAGGAUGAAAUCUGUAUGGGACGUCUCGGCCAACCAGAUCUUGGAGAUGAGCGACAAUGCUAAGGAUUUGGAAGAGGUCGAUUGGAGUAACUGUAGGAAGGUUGGUGAUAACCUGUUAGCUCGAGUAGUCGGCUGGGUCGUUCCAGACCAUCCUUCGCAAAACGCAAAGCAAAUUGCGAAUUCGAACCCCGCCGCUGCUGCAGCACGCCUUCGAGCCCAGCAGCGGCCACAGGCACAGACAAUAGUCCUCCCGCCUCCCGGCACCGUAAUCGGUUGUCCGAAGCUCAAACGUCUCGACCUAUCAUACUGCAAGCAUAUAACAGAUCGAUCAAUGGCACACAUGGCAGCGCACGCCUCAAACAGGCUGGAAUCUCUAACUCUAACCCGAUGUACCUCGAUCACAGACGGUGGCUUCCAAAGCUGGGCCCCAUUCCGAUUCUCUAACUUAUCCCGCCUCUGCCUCGCUGAUUGCACAUACCUCUCCGACAACGCGAUAGUCGCCCUAGUCCACGCCGCCAAAGCCCUAACGCACCUUGACUUAUCCUUCUGCUGCGCGCUCUCAGACACCGCAACCGAAGUCGUCGCUCUGGGUCUUCCCGGCCUGCGCGAACUGAAAAUGGCCUUCUGUGGCAGCGCUGUGAGCGACAAUAGCCUCGCGUGCGUCGCGCUGCACCUCAAUGACCUUGAGCGGCUUAGCGUGCGCGGUUGCGUGCGUGUCACGGCCUCGGGCAUUGAGAGCGUGCUAGACGGGUGUGCAAAUCUUGAAUGGGCGGAUGUGAGUCAGUGUCGUAAUUUGGAUGGGUGGAUUAGGGGGGGAGGGGUUGCGAGAUGGGGAUACGACGAGAGAGCUGAGAUUGGAGAGAGUGAUAGUAGGAGGGAGAGCGGGAUGCAGAAUACGGAUUAUGAGAAGUCCGGAGUUGCAUUUGUGGUUGAAAAGGGGGCGGGUGCGCUGCGUUGA